ACCAAUUAAAAGUAAAGAAUCCGCCCCCAAGGCGGGUUUAGAUAGCUGAUUGGUUACCACAACGCGCAGACACGGAAGUGAAGGUUCCGUACGGGCAGGGGGCAGGCAGGCAGUGACCGGAGGGCGCCAUGUUGCGGGGCACGGCGGCGCCGCUUUUGGAGGAUCCCUGAGGGCACUUGGGAAUAAUUUGGGGAUCCCUGUGGGAAUUUCCAGAUCCCCGGAGGGUGGAAUUUGGCAUCCCUGUGGGAAUUUCCAGAUCCCCGGGAGGGGUUUGUGAUCCCUGUGGGAUUUUGGGGUGUCCCGGUUGGGUUGGGGCACUCCGGGACCCCCGUUUUGGGGAGCGGCGCUGAGGGGUCCCCUCACAACCGCCGCCAUCUUAUCCCGGCUUCGGGAUAUCUUCGGAUUUGUGGAUUUUUUGGUUCUCCACCAUCCAAAAGCUCCCCAAAUCCCCACAGCCCGCCCAAAAUCCCGACUUUUCUUCACGAUAUCCUCACAUUUGGGGAUUUUUUUGAUUCUCCACCAUCCAAAAGGUCCCUAAAUCCCCACAGCCCCCAACCAAAACUCCAUGGAUUCCCUCCUCUUCCUCUGCGCCCGCCGCAUCGUCGCCCACCACCCCCUGCCCAUCCUGCCCGCCCUUCCCGCCCACCUCUACCCCAUCCUCUUCCAAGCGGCGUUCCUGGACGGGAGACCCCUGGUCCUGCGGGAUUUGGUGGCCGCUUGGCCUUUCCCGGUGCUCAACUUCCAGCGGCUCGUGGGGCGCCGGGAGCUGCUCCGGGACCAUCCCUGCAAGCUCUGCGUCCAGGCCGUCAUCCUGGCCGUGGUGGCGCAGCUCCGGCGGCAGCUGGAAGAGCCCGGACACGACGCCAGCGACCUCCAGGCUCCGUUGGAAAGCUUGGAAUUGGCCUUCUGCUCCCUCGUUCCCGCCGACCUCGCCUUCCUCUCCCAAAGCUUCCACGCUCCGGCCCUCAAGAGGUUGGAUCUGAGCGGCCACGACUUCUCCCAAGGCCUCCUGGAGCCGCUGCGGCUGCUCCUGGAGGAAACCUCGGCCUCGCUGCUGCACCUGGAUCUCAUGGAAUGCCGCAUGGCCGACUCCCACCUGGACGCGCUGCUGCCCACGCUGCGGCGCUGCUCCCGCCUGCGCUUCCUGGGACUCUACGGCAAUUCCCUGUCCACGGCCGCGCUCAAGGAUCUGCUCCAGAAAACCUUGGAGCUGCCCGAUCUCCACCUGGUCGUGUAUCCCUUCCCCGUGGAUUGCUACAAGCCGGAGCCGCCGUCGGAAUCCGGGUGGAAUUUUGAGGAACCCGUGGACGAGGAACUUUUGGCGGCGGUCAACGCUGAGUUUUCCCAAAUGUUGGUGAAUUCCGGGAGGACCGACCUCGUCUGGACUUACAAUCCCUAUGGCCACGGAACCCUGGACUACUUCUCCUUGUGAUUUGGGAAAACCCUUGGACAACUUCUCCUUGUGAUUUGGGAAAAGCUCGGAGCCUCCAUCGCGGAAAAGCGCCGCCGCCUCCUUCCCAAAAUCCGGGCGUUCUCUGCCUCAUCCCGGUGCUUUUCCGCCUCAUCCCGGUGCUUUUUUCCUUUCAUUUUGGUGCUUUUCUGCCUGGUUUUUCUAUUUUUUCCAUCCUCAAGUUUUGUGUCUUAUUUUAGGAUUUUUCCAUCCCGAUAUUUUCCCCCUCAUCCCGAUAUUUUACCGUCCAAUUUUGGUGUUUUCCCACCUCAACCCCGAAGUUUUUCCCGGAACUUUUAUUGCCAUGUCCAUAGGGAAAAAGCCCUUGAAUGCCCUUAAUUCAUAUGGGACAUUAAUUAAUUUUAAAAUAAAUGUUAAUUAAUUAUG